GCACGAUAUCAAAUUAGAACGAUGCUAGUCUUGCUCGCAUUCUCUUUACUCCCCAUCGUUUAUUGUGACUUUAAAUUAAGUGAUUCCAAGCUCCUUCUGCCUUACUAUAGUGUUAAUCCCGUGAAUUACACUCUACAUGGUAGCGAGGGAGCUUGCUAUGAAUGGCAUUCGGGCACACCGGAGGUAGCAGUAGUAAGCCCAAUAGUAUCAUCUGAGAAUGGCUGCUCUUCUGCUGCUGUUAUAACUGCGGUCUGGCAAUCACGGCACAGGGCUGUGGCCACCAUAUAUGCCAAAAUAAUUAGUAAACAUGUGCACUUUUCAAAACAUUUCUAGAUGCUGAUCACAUUGUUAAGUGUGAUGUAAUCGUUGACGACAUACAUCGGAUCGAAAUCGCCACUACCACACAAGAGCUUUAUCUGCAUAAUACACCAGUUUCUCUUGUAGUAACUGCUUAUGAUGAAUAUGGCAAUACCUUCACGUCGCUUGAAGGUGUACCAUUUGAGUGGCGUAUAUUUGAAGACAAAUAUGAAGAGUUCGGAGACAUUCAAGGUGUAUUAAGAUUUAUCACGUGGAGGGAGUCGGAAUAUACAACUCCAAGUACAAUGGCUUUACUUGAGUCGAAAGGAAUGCAGGGCUACAUGCAACUAAUAAGUGGCUUGCGUACUGGCUCUGCGGUCGUUAGUGUGGCUCUUCAUGAGUCGAUUUACAAAAGUGUAUUACCCAGUCAGGUUCGUCUUCUCGUUAUGGCUAAUGCCCAAUUGAGCCCAGCACUAGCCUAUCUUGUCCCAAAUUCCUUGCUGACUUUCACCGUACACGUUAUUCAACAAGGUGAUGACCAAGAGGUCGCCAUGCCAUCUUUACAAUACCACUUGCAGGUGAAUGACACGAACUUGGCUGUUCUUAGCCCACUUGAUGGUUCAACUCUUAAAGCUCUAAAUUAUGGUCAAACUGAAGUUACACUUCUUGAUCGAAAUGUCGAAGAAGCCCUAGAAAAAUUGGACGAGGUUUUAAACUCUAAAGUCGAUGAUUCAGAUCUUCGUCUGCCAAAACGAAGACGUCCAACUUCACUCAUACAGAUUGUAGAGCCAGCCUAUCUGGGUUUUACACUCAUUCAAAAGUCUACCAAUAAAAACCCAGAUAUAUGCCAACUGGCUUCAUUUUUAAACUCAGGGUCAUAUGGUAAUCAGGUUGCAUCCGGUUCUUAUAUGCCUAUUCGAAGAUGGAUUAUGGAGUCAGGGAAAGUUUAUGUCAUCAAUCUAGAUAUAUAUGAUCGUAAUAACCACCGUUUAUAUCCCUCAGACAAUCUGCGACUGUCUCUUUAUUUUCCAGAAAGCCACUUUGAGAUCUUAAAAUCUUCGUUAAAUCAAACUUAUGUCGUUGUUCGAGCAUUUUCAUGUGGUUCGGUGUCUCUCAAGGCCGUCUUAAGAGGUGUCGUAGAUCAGGACGGAAGUGUUGUGGAAUUCAAUUCAACCAUAACCGGCAAUCAAGAUGUGACCAUUUACUCUCCUAUCAAAAUCUAUCCAACACCAGUCAUUUUACCGUGGUCUACAGAACUACUAUCGUCUAACCUCACACAUUCUAUUCCUGGUUACCAUCUACGAGCUAACGGAGGUUGUGGACAAUAUAGAUGGACAGCUUUAUCUCUCCGCGCGUUAGAACAUCAUUCUGAUCCAGGCAAAUUACCGAACCCUGAAUUACUCACUAACACAGUUGUGUCCAUUACUAAAACAGGGGUUAUAUCAGCUCUAAAUCCCGGCGAAUCUAUCAUAGUUGCAUCUAGCUCUUCGAAUCCUCAACUUUGUGGACAUACUGUAGUUUAUGUGCGUCCACCUUCUGAAAUGAAAUUUGUGUAUGAACGCAAUGAAGUUCUAAUCCCACCUCGUCGUAAUGCUAAGUUUAUUGACGAAGAAUUAACGAGGAGUUAUCCGAAUCAACCAACAAAUGAGGAAUGGAGUAUACAAGAUCCCUCUGCCGUAGAAUUCGACUUGGAACAUUUAGCGAUAGGAUUAGCUGUUCUUGAUUCUGAUGGUCAAAGUAUGACGGAUUGCAGAAAUUUAAACAUUGAAAUUCAUGCAGUCGACUCUAAUGUUGUGAAGAUCAUUCCAGGUUUUCAUGCCCCACGACUUAAUUCAUCUGCUGAAUAUGGAUUAUUUGAUUCUAACGAAUGCUUACAUUUCUAUGUGAUCGGAGUUAACGUUGGUUUCACUGAAAUUAAAGCAAUUUACAAUCCAUCACCAGUUAACAAAUUUGAUGAAUCUGUUGUAAUUGUUUCACGUGUUCAUGUUGCCGCAUAUCGUAAAAUCAAUUUUAUUGAUCCUGUUUCUGAAAUAACUCCUGUUGCAAUAGGUUCAACUCGAAAUAUGCUAGUUACACAUGGGCCACAACCAUGGCCUUUACAACCAUCAGAACAUUACGUCAACGUUUUUCCCCAACCCGACGCAGAUAAUGAUAUUUCAUCACUUCCAACAUUGAUUAGUGAACCACAUUUCUCUAAAACAGUUUAUCAAAAGACUAACUUUGACAGUGAAGCUAAACCAAUUCAAAGUUAUAUGGAUCAAGUUGAAGCUCAUGUUCGCUUGGUUUCAUUUAGCCUUCGUUGUGAAAGUAUUGGGUUGUUUGAGUUUGUGAUUGAAAUUGGAAAUCGUCCCACCCCCUCUAAUCUACAUCCCAUGGUUCUGUCAUCCAAGUUCACAAUUAUGUGCGAUGUCGCAGUCCGUCUACAGUUACUACCUGUCUUCCAGUUUCCUUCAUUACCUCUACACUUUCCACCUUGCCCAUUGGUUAACAUAUCUUCCAAUGACUGGUCUCAUGAUAAGUUAAUUUUACCGAAUACAAUCCCAACUGUUAUUCACUUAAUUUUCUUUGGAUCAGAAAGUCAAGAAUUAGAAUCAGUUGAUUCACUUAUAUCUAAUGUGGUUAUUUCUUCAAUUGAUGAUGAUGGGGGAACUACAGAGAAAUUACAAUUAGUUCAAUAUGCGAAUCCUCCUGUACAGAUGGAUUACCCAGAUUACGAUAAAAGAUCUUCCAAUCGUCCUAUGCAUUCGCGGCCUUAUUUUUUAAUUACACCAGCUAACUUUGGUCAUUCUUCUGGUAGUCUUGCGGUUCAUGUUACAGUUCAUCCAAGUUUACCUAACAGAUAUAUUCCAUUUUUACAUGGUAUUCAGAGCCUAAAGUCUAUUUUAAAUAUAUAUUUGAGUCCAGUGAUAAACGCGGUUCCUAGUCAAUUAAUUAAGUUAUUUUAUCAUCCAGAGGCUUCAUCUACUGUGGAUAUUCAUGGUGGAUCUGGUUAUUACUACCUGGACAAUUCAGACAAUCUAACAGAUCGACAUCACUAUCCAAUUCGUUUAUCUGAGAAAUUAAAUAAACCAUUUAUAUCAACCAAUACUAUACUGUAUAUCAUGCCGAGACGGACUUACGAACUACAACCAAAACAUGUUGGUCGUGUAACAAUUCAAGCAAUUGACUUAUGCUUUCCAUCAACAAAAUUAAACCCACCAAAUGAAUAUAAUCUUAAUCCAUCACAAGCUGAAUUUAAUGUAGAUGUAAUUGGUCUUAGUGUAUUAAAUCUUCGAGUUCAUAAUCAAAUACAACUUGGUGAUGAGGUUACUGCUUUUAUAGAGGCCAUAGGUACAGAUGGAAUCACAUUACCAUCAAAGUUUGCACGUUUAUUGAAGUUGUCAAUCAUCAGUGACCAUGUCACUCAUUCCACAUCUACUGGUCAUAAAGAGUCAUCACAUGACUCAAAAAGAAUACUUAGCGUACCGGAAACAAAUGUUCCUUCAGAUUCAUUUUGGACUUGUAAUUCAUCAAAUGCUGAAGAACCUUGUUCUGGUCAAUUUACAGUUCGAGGUAUUGCUCUUGGUACUUCUAGACUAAUGGUAACUUCGAUAGUACCCGGUUUAUUGCAAAGUAAACCGAUUACUGUUCAAAGUAACGUUGUUGAGAUUCAGGUGUUUGCACCAUUACGUUUGACUCCAUGUAACUUCAAUCUUCUUCUAGGAGCGGAAUACGAACUUCAUGCAGUGGGUGGUCCUAGUCAAGCUUCAUUGGAAUUUAUUCCUGAGUCUAUCUCAAGUCGUAUAACAAUUGUUAAGACAAACCCUUCCAGUGUCUUAAUACGUGCAUCUGAAUCCUUAGGUUUGGCGAAUAUUCGUGCUCGUGCAGUAGGUAUGACAGGGAAUAGACCUUCUUCAAGUUUAGAUGAAAAGCAUGAGGAUUAUGUCAUCUAUUCAGAGACAGUUUGCAACAUUCAUAUUGUGGCGUUGUCUGGUGUGCGAAUUAGAUGCCCACUUGCUAACUUGGAUGAAAUUACUUCUCAAAUCUCUGAUUCUUCCAAUGCUCAUUUCCCAGAAUUAACUAAUUCAGAUAGGUCUGAUCAACAUUUUCUCCUUGCAUGCCCUCCUGGACGCUCUGGCGAUUGUGGUUCAACACCGUUAUGGGUUGAAGGUACACCAUACAGUCCUUAUUAUUCUAACGACCAGUCAAGAUCGAAUAUUGUUUCUCCUUUGGGAAUGGCUGCCGUCAAUCCUCCAUUACGCUAUCGUUGGCAUUUGAAUCCACCUGAACCUAACUCUAUUGUUCGUUUAGAGUAUUGGCUUGAUCGAUUCGGUGUUAAUGUGGAUGAAACUCAUUUAGCAUCUGGAAUGGUUCUUGUCGGUCUGAAACCUGGUACUGUAACUGUUCAUUUGACUGUUGAACCUGUAGAACCUUAUGCAAAACAAAUAAUUGCUGUAUCUACUGACGGUGUAUCGACUGACCGCUUACAUGCUCAACUAACAAUUGUUGUUUUAUCACGGCUUGGACUGAGUUCACCACAUCGGGAACCUCAACAAAUAAUUCUAUCGCCGAAUUCCCAAUUAAAUUUGAUUCCUUGGACUGAUUUACAUUCUGAUAGCAUUUUACAAUACAAGAUUUUAACCGUUCCACAUAAUAGGAAUCUAUCUUUAGAACAUGCUAGUCAGUUGUUAACUGUGACUCCAGAUGGUAUUCUACGUGCGAGUGAUAAAUGUUCGGAGAUUGGAUCAAUUUGUCGAGUUACACUUCAAAUUCAAUCAAUGCCUAAUGGAAAUUUAGUGAAUUCAAAAAUGAAAGAUUGUCAAAAAUAGUUGGUCUUCCUGUUGGCGGUCCAUAUAACAUUAAAAUCUCGUAUCAUGAUGAGUUAGGGCGUGUAUUUGAUGCAGUUUCAAAUGAUUUCUACCAAUUGAAAGCAUCACUUCAUCGAUCAGAUUUGUUUUCUACCCAUUUUAUACGAGAUUUUAUAAUUGAACAAGAUUUUCCUGUAAAUAAUUUAAACUCAUACAACCCAAUUCAUCAUACUCCAUUUGGUUUUAGUAUACAUUCCCUGCCAUUUUCUAAGUCAACUAAUCAAAUUGAAUUCAUUCAAGAUAACAAAAAUUCACAUUGGGCUGCCUUACGUAUUGGAUUAUCGAAUAAAAUUAAUGGUGUAUCACCAAGUUAUUUAAGUCUACCAUAUAGUAAUUCGUUAGAUCUUCUUGGUUUAACAUCUUUAAUAGAAGGGCAAUGGAUGUGUUUACCAAAGUUCUCAUCAUCCACAACCCAUUCAG